GUAAAAGCUGCUGUAUAAUCAUAGUGACACAGGUCCCUGUUUUAAAUCUAACCUAACGGUGAACUUGCUCUUAUGUAAACGAAAAACGAAAAGCAGAAGCGGACUAGUGAAGUGAAGGGAGUGGUGUUUAUUUCGAAAGACACGGAGUAGCUCGAAACCUCAGGAGUUGAAAAUCCUGCACCGGCUUUAAUGCAACCGAAAUCUUGUCAGCCGCAUCCACCCGAUGUGAUAACCUGCAAAACGAGUAAAGACCCAAAUGACUCUCCAUUCGAUUUCUUGGGUGUUUUCUGCGAUAGUAUCAUAGCUGGUGGUGCUGCUGGUGUUGUUGUGGAAGCCGCAUUGUACCCAAUUGACACUAUAAAAACUCGAUUACAGGUUGCUCAUGCUGGGGGAAAGAUCAUGUUGAAGGGUCUGUAUUCGGGAUUGGCUGGAAACCUUGCUGGUGUUUUACCGGCUUCUGCUAUAUUUGUUGGUGUCUAUGAACCUACAAAGCAGAAAUUGCUGAAGUCUCUCCCAGAAAAUCUCAGUGCUUUAGCUCAUCUGACUGCAGGUGCUAUUGGAGGUGCUGCUUCUUCUAUUGUACGGGUGCCAACAGAGGUUGUCAAGCAAAGGAUGCAAACUGCGCAGUUUGCUUCUGCCCCAGAUGCUGUUCGCCUUAUUAUUGCUAAGGAGGGUUUCAAAGGUCUUUACACGGGGUACGGAUCAUUCCUAUUGCGAGAUUUACCAUUUGAUGCAGUUCAGUUUUGCAUCUAUGAGCAACUUCGAAUAGGAUUUAAACUAGCGGCACGAAGAGAUCUGAACGACCCUGAGGUUGCUAUGGUUGGUGCUUUUGCUGGUGCAAUAACUGGAGCUAUAACUACUCCUCUUGAUGUGAUAAAAACGAGAUUAAUGGUUCAGGGAUCGGAAAACCAGUACCGAGGAAUUUGUGACUGUGUUAGGACCAUAAUGAGAGAAGAAGGAAAUCAUGCUCUCUGGAAGGGCAUUGGGCCACGAGUACUGUGGAUAGGUAUUGGAGGUUCAAUUUUCUUUGGUGUUCUUGAAAGGACGAAGCAAAUACUUGAGCAAAGGCGCAUCAAGAAUGAGGAUUCCAAGCAUUACUGAAUUUAGUACAUUUGUAUUUUGAUUAUCAAGGUGCAACACAUAAAUUUUGAGCUAGUAUUUUGCUUUGUCAACAAAAGAGAAAGGGUCUAUAUCCUGUCUCCUUAAUUUGGUUGAAGAAUGCAGUUGCCUUGUAAUUGUCUAUUUAGGUAUUCUACUUGUCUCAAAAAAAGUAAACUAGCUAAUUUAUCCACAAUCAAGUCA